CAGAGUUGCGCAGACACUGUGUACACACCAAACAACAAGUUAUUUUAUGACAGUUGUAAGUGUUGGGCGCACCAGAGAACUAAGACGUUAUGGUGGAGGUGAAGAUAUACACCCAGGAGUGCUGCAGUGCUGGGAAGACAGAUUUAAUUAAAUGGUAACAUGAACAGAUGCAUGAUCUUCAGUGGUAUAAAAGACAGCCAGAUGGAAUUAUUAUUGGAAUCAGAUGAGGAAGAUGCCAGUCUUCUUGAAGAAAUGGAACGGCAAGCAGCAGUACAAUCAGUUAGAUCCCCAAGCCCAGAGGGCCUCCUGCAGUUGAAAAGCGUUUGUCCUGAUUCUCCUAAGGAUUACGAGAUUAGAGACUUUUCUGGAAUUGAAGGGGACCCUUCAGAAGAUUUUGCUAGUCGUGAUAUGAAUAAAAAUGGAAUAAUUGGAGGAAAGUUAAAUGUUGAAUGCCCAGACAGUUUUGUCACUGCCACAUCUGAUGAAGAAAAGCUGAUGGAUGAGCAACAAGAAAGAAGUAAAGGUGAAGCACACCAAAAAGAUUUUGUGGAAGGUCUCUUUCAGAGUCUUGCAUGCACCAGUACAGAAGCUACCAUAGAUACAAUACAAACAAAUAAUCCUUUGCCUUUGAUGGAGUAUACCAUCGAUGGAAUACAAAUCCUAAGAUUAGAUAUAUCAACAAAUGAUCUUCUUUUGGCAAAAUCUGCUGUAGCUCAGAAGUAUCAGUCUCGCCAGAUUGAAUCUACAAAUAACUCAACUGGUCCCCCUCAGUUAAAAGGGCUUCCAGCAUUGGAAGCCCCAGCUGAGGAAAGAAUAAGCAGUAAUACAUUACCAAAAGAUAGUCAGUCUUUAAGUUCCAUAUGUGCUGAUGGACAUGAAGAAAAAAGUUCAAGAUCCGUUUUUAAGUCGCAGCAGUAUAGUUGUACAAAAAGCUUAUCAGGCCUCCAGCAUAAAUCAAAGUCUGAGGUAAAGAAGACAAAUAGUAGAAAGAGAAAACUUGAAGUUAUAUAUAAGCAAAAAUCAGGAAAGAACAAAUUUAUUUCUCCAGUUAUAGAAAAAAUACCAUUACUUUCAAAUAUGAAUGAAUAUGAAGUCAUUCAUUUUCAUUGCACAUAUUGUGACUUUAGAUGUCCUUUUAGGAAAGAGAAUGUUAAUGACAUUGUUGAACAUAUUACUCCACGGGAAAGGUUUCAUCACCUCCAAAAAAUACCUAAGAGGCUAAAUAGCUUCAGGGAGAACGUGAAACUGAGUAUAAUGAUUGCGAAGAACAAAUCUAAAGCGCAAGUUCGUUUUUUGAGUCGUAUACAGUGCAGCAAGUGUGGCCAACAGUUACCUUUGGACGUCGCUCGCUGUGAUGAACUUGCCUUGCAUUAUAGCUGGUGUAGAAAGUUAUUUCGUGAUGACAGGUUUAUGUCCUGCCCAUACUGUAAUGAAUUCAUCCAUCGUAGUAGUCUUAAAAAACAUUUUAGCCUAAAAUCAAAGAAACAGUGUACUAUGUAUGUGGCUUCAACUCUUCAGUUAAUGUCUUGUAUGUGUAAAGAAUAUGCCGAAAAACACCGGCCUUUUUGCAUUGUGUGUAAUGAAAAGUGUUGGUCGUAUAUAGGACACAGAGCAGAAUUAAAUCCUGUUUGUGAAGCUUGCAGAAUCAAUAUUAUCAGUGGAAACACAACCAAGUUGAAGAAUCGAGAGAUGGCUGCGUGUGCAAUUUGUAGCCAUCAGUGUUCUAAGAAAUUUGUUACUUACUGGGCUAGUGAACUGGAGGCUCUUUUCAUUGGAGAGCAUUGUAUUAAAAAGUUAAAAGACCCAAUAACACAGGAGGUAAUAAAAUUAGCAGAUGCUACAGAAGCUAAUGUUAGGAAACUUGUGGAGAUGGCUGUUGUAACUGAUCAGCUUAGCAAAAACUUGAGGAUCCAGACUUGUAGUAAAUCAUAUGCUGCCAUGCAUUUGAAUGGUACCAACAUUAGCAACUCGAAGGGAUUUAUUAUUAGUAAUUGUGGUAAAUUAAAGAAAAAUCAAACUGCAAAUCAUUGUGACAAAAUUUUAGAGAAAAGUGAAUCGGUAACAUCUGUGGAAAAUUGUGAUCUUGCUGUUCCCAACAAAGCUGUUAACGGACGUUUCAUCCCAAUACUAGGAUCUUUUCGAAUCACAAAUUGUGAUAAUCCACUUCCAUUUGCAAAACUAUCAGCUAUUUCAGAUAAUACAAAUACUUCUGAUACUGUAACUUUCAGACCUAUCUCAAAGGUGGAUAAUCAGGAUAUUGAACAAAGUGGAGUGCCAUAUAGUCUUCUCUUGGCAAAUAACUCUUCCAAAAUUGUUUUUAGGAGGUGCUUACCUAAUAUCACAGAAAAUGUAGUAAGCCCAAACACAGUUUUCAAAGCACUUGAUUCUUUCAAUGAAACAUCUAAAUCAGUGAAUAAAAGUGUACCAAAUACAGACACUGUUCAUUAUAAAGAAAAUACAAAAUAUGUACCGGAAAUUGCUAAAAUGACUUCAUCCACCAGAUGUGAAUCAGAAGGAAAUGUUCUGUCAAAUGUUCCAAAUCGACUGAAUCUUCAGUCGUUUUGGGAAUUAAGUUCCAAAGUUGUUGCAAGUAAAGUCAUCACAAGUUCCAAACCUGUUGCAAGUAAAGUCAUCACAAACUCUUCACCUGUGAAAUAUGUUGUAAAACUCUUAAAAAGUUCUGAUGUACAACAGGACACAACUAAGGAUGAGAAAAAUGAAGGCAAUGCCAAUCACAUAAUAAUCAAAACUUCAUCAAGUAAUUCAGUAAAGAAAGGUUGUCAAGUAGCUCCACCAAGAAUAGCCCAAGUAAUUAAAACUUCUGAUGAUUUAUUCACUAAUGAAUCAAAUAUAAAUGAUAGAUUACUCUCGAGAGCAAUAAUGAAACCGAUCUCGACGAAUAUUGAGGAUACAGAAGUAGUAACUCUGGAUUAGCAUUAUAGUAUUCAUCAUUGAAUCUUAAAUGCAUUCCACUUGUUUUACUGUUUUUUGACAUUCUGUACUUUGUUUACCCAGAAUCUUGUGCAAUCUGUUAUAUAUGAAAAGAGCAUAUAUUAUAUGCAUAUUAACAGUACAAAAGCUGCAUACUACUAAACUCUUCUUGUAAGAGCAUAAUGCUCAUGAAAGGGUGUUGUACUGUAAGUACAGUAUUGUAGUAUAUUUUCCUCUUGAAAAUAGCAAAAUUGAUCAGAAAUUUAUGUGUUAACUCUAUGAAGCUUGCAGGAAAUUCUACUGUUAAGUUUUAUGAGAAACUUAAAAUACACAGCAGGGAAAGUGUUUCUUCAGUUUUAUAUAAAAUUGGGUAUACAUCAUGGCUGUUAGGGUGCCAGGCAGUGAUGUACUGAAGGAAUUAAGAGUAUUAAGCUAAACAGGCUUAUUAGCAAAUGGGUAAGCUGAAUGAUGCCUAAUAAAUUUAGUACUUUCAUGAAUAUUAUCAUCAUCUCACAGCAUGAUAAUCACAAUCCCAUUUGAGAAAAGGGUGAUUGGGAAUAAUAAUAUACUUGAAGCAACUGAGUAUCACAAUUAAACUAAUUAGACUUAGAAGUGAUGAAGUAACAUGCUUUGAAUCUGCAUUGAUAGCAGUUAAUGAAAAAUAUAUUAAAGUAUAGAAUACUACACGCUGUCAAAAACUCUUGCUUUUUACAAUAAUUACUGGAAGAUUGUUUAGCAGAAGUGUUGCUCUGUCCCAGAGGUACACAGUUAUUGGUCCAAAAAGCUACCCUUGAAGUUGCUUUGGUAAGAAUUGAAUAAACUGUCCUCAGCAAGUGGUAUUUUUUUCUCGUUUCCAUAGUCACUCUGAAACUAUAUAACAUUUUGCUGUGGAUGAGCCUAGUCAAGUUUAAUGAAAGAUAAUGAAGGGCAAGGUGGUGGAGAGAGGGUGGUUAUCUUGUAUCAUGUUAAUGAGUAUCUUGGUUCUGUCCAAGAGAUGCUUUACAAAUAGUGGAACAAUGUUAAAUGCCUUUUAAUUUGUUUAAGGAUGUUAGAAUUGAUUUAACAUCUUCCUUGGAACCAUUUUGUUUCGUGUUUAUCAUCUGUGAUGAUUAACUCGUCUCCAUUCCAGAUCAUGUUGUAGGCAUGUUUAUUGCAAUUAUGUUUAGUUAGCAUUACCUACAUGAAAGCUUAUCUCUGCUUGAUAAACUUAUAGUGCAUUUGUUUUUGGCAUACUGUACUAUACUGGAUCCUAAUUGUUUUAAGUACUUUUAGGUACAAAUUGGACAUUCCUUUACACAGGACAUAUGGCCUUGUUAUAAUGUUAAUAAGAAGGGUGUAAAUAUGGUGUUCUGCACAAGAUAUGUUUUGGACCAGUAAUUCACUCAGGACAUUACCUACCAUUGAGAAAAUCUAGCAAUAAAUUAAUUAUUCUUAUAAGUGUCACUCUUUGAAUAAAGGAAUAGAUAGAUAAUGGUGUAUAUUAAAUAAUGGGAUAAAAGAAAGUGGAACUGAAAAUGCAGUACUUAAAUAUUCUAAUUCAUUUUAUUUAAAGACUGAUAUAGAAAGGUAAAAAUAACCUCUGGCUCAAGAACAUGAUGUGCAUUAAUUUAAUGACAAAUAGAGAAUUGAUACUUAUGUAUAAUGUGCCAACACUUCACAAAUAAUAGUCCUUGUGGCUUAGCGCUUCUUUUUUGAUUAUAAUAAUAAUAAUAAUUCACAAAUAAUUAUUUUUUAUAUUACUAUUAUUUUUUUUUUCCAACAAGUUGGCCGUCUCCCACCAAGGCAGGGUCACCCAAAAAGAAAGAAGAUCCCCCAAAAAGAAAAUACUUUAUCAUUCAACAUUUUCACUUCACUCACACAUAAUCACUGUUUUUGCAGAGGUGCUCAGAAUACAACAGUUUAGCAGCAUAUACGUAUAAAGCUACACAACAUAUCCCUCCAACUGGCAGUUUGGUAUUAUUUAUUAAUAAUGUCUGGGGUUGGCACAGCCUUUGUGUUAAAUUCAUGAGCCUGUUUGUCUAAUUAUUGGAAAUGUUAUGAUUGUUUAGCCCAAAAUUUAUAUAUUGCAAAGUCAUUCAAUAUUCUGAUUAUCAUUUAAAAGUUUUCAUUACCGUAUGUUCUAUGUAUAUAAUGAAUUGGCAUAAUAUGCUAACUGCUAAACUUAUAUGAGAAACUUUAUAACAUAAUUUUUAAUGUAUCAUUAAAAACAUUAAGAUAUUAUUAUUAGGGUUGGCAUUUUAUUUUGUAUUGUAAUCUAAUUAAUAUGCAGAAGUAAGAUCGUGUAAUUUUUGUAAUGAGAAUCUGUAAUGGUAUGACAAAAAUGGCUGGUCAGGCCUCCAAGUGUGAUGUGUUACCAUUAAAAUUAUUAUUGUAUGACCUCUGAAUUUCCUCGUAUACAUGAACGAUCUUUCAAAUGCAUCCCAACAACUUGGACCUGUUUUUUUUGCAGACCCAGCUUUUGUCAUCUCCCAUCCAAAUACAAACUCUCUCAAUAACACUGUUAAUGAGGAUCUCGUAAAGAUAUCUAUCUGUGUAAUUACUAACAAAUUCACUCUUAACCAUGACAUGUCCUUUUAUGUGAUGUUUGGGAACGGAGCUACAAAUGUCCAACUAAAUUUUAUGAUUAAUGGUUCUCCCAUUGCAAGACAAAAUGAAGAAAAAUUCUUAGGUCUGUUCCUUGAUAACUUGAAACUCAGCAUCCACAUUCAGCACAUGAAAAAUAUCCAAAUCAGUUGGCAUACUAUCUAAGAUAUGUUACUAUGUACCUGAAGCAGCACUACUUCCAUAUACAGUGGUCCCUCGUUUUUCGUAAUCAAUCCGUUCCUGGAGGAGCUACUGUAAACGAAAUUUAAGAUUUGCGAAUCGAUUUUCCCCAUAAGAAAUAAUGUAAAUACAAUUAAUCCGUUCCUGACACCCAGAAGUAUUAAAACAAAAAAAAUGUUUACAUGAAAUAUACAUGUAGUACAUAAACAAUACAAUGGGAAAUGACGAAUGAAACAUUAACAGCAUAACGCUUACCUUUAUUGGAGAUUCUUCUUAGUGUAUGGGAGACUGGAGGAGGAGAGAGAUUGGAUUGUUUACAGUUUGGAAGGGGAAUCCCCUUCCAGCAACACCUCGGGUACCAAUUGCUUUUCUGGAGUUAUUUCUCUGUUUCUUAUGCCACUAGGACCACCAUGAGUCACUGGAGUCCUGUCUCGCAAAAUAACUGUGGAGAGAGCUCUGUUUCUCGCGUCUCUUUAACACUUCCCUAAAAUGGCCCAAGACUUUGUCACUGUACAUAUUUCUCACCUUCUUUACCACAGACUUGGCACUAGGAGCUUUCUUUCGAGCCAUGGUAGCUUAUUUAGUACUUGCAAGCACUAAAAUGAGUGGAAUAUUAUGAAAUAUUUCGUAGGAGCACUUGAGGGGACCUUCACUCACUGGUAAACAAUGCCAGACUGGCUGGGUAGGGAGGCCUCCCUGGCUCACACCGUGCUUAUGCGUCCCGGACAAACUACUAUUCGCGAGUCAACCUUUGAAAAGCGAGUCCAUGUUUAUACGAAAAUACCCCUAUGAUUGGCGAAAUUUACGAUUGCCGAGAACUACGAAAAGCGAGGGACCACUGUACUGUAAUCUAAUCUAAUCCCUACCUCACCUAUACUAUUUGUACCUGGGGGAUCCACAACAGCACAUCACCUAAAGCCAAUAAUAACUAAGAAACUGUACAAAUGAUUGCCCAGUCUAGUGCCAGACAGCACACGCCCCCCACUCUUCAACAGUCCAAACUUGCUUAAUAUACGUAAAACUCACUUGUACUACUGUGCAUACUACAUAUACGUGACAAUCAUUUUUAAUGUCAAUCCUGCUCUGAGACUUUGAUAGCUGCAACAGAAUUUGAAGGGUAUCACACCAGACACAAAUUUGAUAUUCCGUAUGUCCAAAUCAACUUUUGGAAAAACUCGAUGUACAUAAAAAGACAAGGUCUGGAACUCUGCCUAAAGAUUCCAGAUGCUUCCUGUCUGUUAAUCACUUCAAAACUACUGUUAAAAAACACCACCUUACUUUAAUGUGAUCCUAACAACAAUUCAUGCCAAACAAAUCCUGAAACCUUGUCUUUAAUCCAUUAUUGUCCCUGUUCUUGUGCCAUCUUUCCUCAACUCAUUUAUGCCUAGAAUCUAGAAUGGCAUUAGUUCCUUGUUUCACUUCAUGUAAUUAGUUUCAUCAUUAAUGUAUAGUUAGUUUAGAUAUUUAUUAAAUUAAAGAAUGCCAUUAAUAUACACAUUAUAAACUAAGUUUUCUUAUUCUCGUGUACCAUUUAUGUAUCAUUGUUUAGUAAUGUUAAUUUUAAGGGUACCUCCGGGUUUAGCGCUUCCCCCUUGAUUAUAAUAAUAAUAAUGAUGACCCUUAUGGGUUUAGUGCUUGGUUAUGAUUAUUAUAAUACCUGGCAUGCCUUGUAUAUCAAGGGACUUUCUAUAAUGUAUGUAGUUUAUUCAUGUCAGUAACUAAUUAUAUUCUGUACAGUGUGCCACUUUGUAGAAAGUAAGUUGUUUGUUUUAAUUAUUAAGAGGGGCUGGUGGUAUGGUUAUGUAUACAUGGCUAAUAUGACUAAGGAACAAUUAACCCUUAAACUGUCCAAACGUAGAUCUACGUUCACGUGCGUAGCGCUCCGACCUUGAUUUUCCCCAUUUGAAAGCAUGUAAAAAAAAAAAAAAAGCAGAUCUACGUUUGAAGCCCCCUGCAUGUGGACGUAGAUCUACGUUUGGACAGUUUAAGGGUUAAACAAUUACCUAUUACAUUAUGGGGAUCCCUUUCAAGGGAUGCCUUGAUGCUGGAGAAAGGCUCUUGAUGCCAGAAAUUAGGGCUACCCUCCCCUCUUUCACGCAUAAAUGACUACCUCUCAUUCCCAAGGUGAUGGGUUUAGCACUUCCCCAAAAGUAUAAUAAUACAAAUAGGAGUGGUAGGGUUUUAAAACUUGGUAACAUGCAGUAAACUCUCAAUUUAAUAGACUAAUGAGGAGGAAUGAGUGGUCAGUAAUGGUGAUUGUAGUGGUAUGAGAUGAGAAUGUUUUGUCAUGAUUGUAACAUUAAUGGAUAUUCCUGUGAUCAACAGACUCUGGUGUUUCCGAAUCUGCUAACCCAGUGGAUCUUGUCCUGUAUUCCCGAACUCUGUUAAAUUAAGAGUUUAUUUUUAAUAUGACUAAUCAGAUGGAGACAAUGAUGGAUUAUUAUAUAGUUGAAAUUGACAAAAUAAUUACCUAUUAGACAGUAAUAAUAUGAUACUGUAAUAACUCGUACCUAAGUUAAAAGUCAGACAUUAUGAUGCUGGUGUAUGACCCAUAAACUUGUUCUACACUUGAAUCAUAGGGUGGAUAAUGAGUUAGGUAUUCAAUGCCUGUGCUUCUUAUCAUAUAUACACAUUCAUAUUUUUUUUUUUUUUUAUCAUGGGCCAUCUCCCACCAAGGUAGGGUGCACCACCCACCCCCUCCAUAAAAAAUCACUAUAACUGUCUUGCCAGAGGCAUGUAGGUACUACAGUUCAGAUGCCCCUCUAAACUGCAAA